AGAACUGUGGGUAUAAAAGCAACUGGGGACCCUGGGGAAGGCCACACACCAUCCUCCUGGGAGUUGCAGCAAUGAAGGUUCUAGUCCUCACCCUUCUCUGUGUUCUCAUGACAGUGAAUGAAGCCAAAGUGCUUAAGAGAUGUGAACUGGCUAGAGAUUUGAAACAGCAUGGGCUGGAGGGAUUCCGUAGAUACAGCCUGGACAACUGGGUCUGUAUGGCUUAUUAUGUAAGCAAGUUCAACACCAAGGCUGUGGGACCACCUAACCCGGAUGGCAGUCGUGACUAUGGGAUUUUUCAAAUAAGCAGCCGCUGGUGGUGCUCCGAUGGACAGGGCAUAACUACUAAUGGCUGCAAAAUGAACUGCAAGGCUUUUCUAAAUGACAACAUCAACGAUGCUAUUGAGUGCGCUAAGAGAGUGGUCGGUGCUGCCAUUGGAAUGAAUAACUGGGAACUUUGGAGGAAGCACUGCAAAGGAAGAAAUCUCUCAAGCUGGACUCGUGGCUGCAAUCUCUGAACUCCAUGAUCCAAAAUAUAACUCAAGAUUUCUCUUUUGCUUCACUCUGAUGCCUUUCCCUGUACAACCAGCAUUCAGCUAUUUGUUUCUGUUCAGCUGUUUGCAUUUUGUGGUCCAAUGUGGUUGACAGAGUGGACUUCUUUGUAUAUAAAUGGAAGUGGGAGG